AACAUCCAAGAUGUCCGCCGCCGUCUCGUCCCUCGUUUCGUACGGCAGCGAUUCCGAUUCGGAAAAUGAGUCACAAACCGACACCAGCCCCGAAAAAUCGGACUCUACAGAUCCGGACGCAACGGCGCACCUUAAACCUUUACAGUCCGGUCCGACGAUGGCGUUGGCGGUUCUGAAUUCUGCCCCGGAAGUUGCCGUCAAGGAGUCGGUUGAGACUGGCGUACAUCUCGACCCUUCCCUGAAAGAAGUCACUUAUAACCCGUCAUAUGAAACCAUGUUUGCACCAGAAUUUGGACCAGAAAACCCGUUCAAAACCCAACAGAUGGCCGCCCCGAGGAACAUGUUAUCUGGCUACGCAGAACCCGCUCACGUCAACGACUUCAUGUUCGAGCAGCAGAGGAGGACCUUUUCGUCGCUUGGCUAUGCUUUAGAUCCAUCUGUGGACACAAACCAAGUAACUGGCACUAGUUACAUCGGAGCAGUGGAGGAGGCUGAGAAAAAUAAAGGGUUGAACGUGUUUGAGAGCGCUUACAAGAAGCCAGACAAAAGGAAAAAGGUCAAAGGCGGCGACGCAGGAGAUAUCGACAACUACUUGGGACCGUGGGCAAAAUAUGUCGACGAGAAAUCGGUGGCCAAACCCACCGAGGAGGAGAAGAAAGAGCUGGAUGAGAUCACAGCCAAAAGGCAAAAAAGAGGCAGGAAUGAGGAGGAAGCUCCGGCAGAAGAGAAGACCAUUCUUCAUGUUAAAGACAUGUUCGAUUACCAGGGCAGGACCUACCUGCACAUCCCCCAGGACGUGGGCAUCAACCUGCGUUCUAGCGAGGCACCAGACAAGUGUUACCUGCCCAAAAAGCAAAUCCAUGUUUGGUCGGGGCACACCAAGGGGGUCAGCGCCAUCCGACUGUUUCCACGUUCAGGUCAUCUCUUGCUUUCCAGCUCCAUGGAUUGUAAAAUUAAGUUGUGGGAGGUGUACAACGAGAGGAGGUGUAUACGGACUUUUAUCGGCCACAGCAAAGCGGUGCGAGACAUUUGCUUCAACAACAGCGGUAAUCGGUUCCUCAGCGCCGCCUACGACCGCUACAUCAAAUUCUGGGACUCUGAGACCGGCAAGUGCAUCUCCCGCUUCACCAACAGGAAGGUGCCCUACUGCGUCAAGUUCAACCCCGAUGAGGAAAAGCAGAACCUUUUGGUGGCCGGCAUGUCAGAUAAGAAGAUUGUCCAGUGGGACAUCAGAACGGGCGAGGUGGUUCAGGAGUACGACCGUCACCUGGGCGCCGUCAACACCAUCACCUUCGUGGAUGAAAAUCGCCGCUUUGUCAGCACGUCGGACGACAAGAGUCUUCGAGUUUGGGAGUGGGACAUCCCCGUAGACUUCAAGUACAUCGCCGAGCCCAGCAUGCACUCCAUGCCGGCGGUGACGCUAUCUCCCAACGGUAAGUGGCUUGCGUGCCAGUCCAUGGACAAUCAGAUUCUGAUCUUUGGCGCCCAAAACCGCUUCCGACUGAACAAGAAGAAGAUCUUCAAGGGCCACAUGGUUGCCGGCUACGCCUGCCAGGUGGACUUCUCCCCGGACAUGAGCUACGUAGUGUCGGGCGACGCCGACGGAAAGCUGAACAUCUGGGACUGGAAGACCACCAAGCUGUACCACAGGAUCAAGGCUCACGACAAGGUGUGCAUCAGCGCCCUGUGGCACCCCCACGAAACCUCCAAGGUGAUCACCUGCGGUUGGGACGGACAAAUUAAACUCUGGGAUUAAAAGGUGCUUUAAAGUUCAUCUGGGCCAAAGUUUAGAGAUCGUGAGUGAAAGCCACAGGACUGGCAUCCAGUCUUAUUGGCGCAGACACCAGUUAUAUGUUCUUGUAUAAAGGUGGAAAAAACAAAAACACUUCAUUUUUUACCUGCUACCAGGGGUGCAUUACACGCAUUCAUUUCAUUUUGCAUUGUUCGGUGUAGUUUUUGAAAAAGUUUAGAUUUUUGAAUUUAUGGCCAGCUUUGUGGAAAUAAUAAACUGUCCAUCGAUUUUACCCAUCAUCUGUUUUUAUCAUUAUUCAUUUCAAAACACAGUCAAGAUAGUCCUUGGUUGCCCUCUUUUAUUUCUUGUUUUAACAUAGCUGUCAUUCAUUUUGUAGGCUUGUGUUUAAUGUGCAGACUAAGUCUUUGGUGUGGUAACCCGACUCUUGAGGCUCAACACUGUAACGCUCGCCUCCCUCAUACGGCAGGUCUUGUAUUGUCUUUUCUCAUACCGGCGUCUUCCAACAUGAUGGAAGGGUUCUCGACUUAAUCGUUCAGGAUCGAGCCACGGUGCCCUCUCCUCUU